ACAGGAGAGACAACAAACCCCCUCCCUUCAUAUGUUGGCAUACACCAAUUUGUGUAGAAGUAAUUUAUGGUACUGAUGGUAUACCUGUUUGAUGGUGUAAAUGCGGCCUUAAAGAUGGAAAUCAUUGGCUCCCGUCUCGUUUGAGGUAAGUGCCAUGAGUGCCUUGCUGGGCACCGACCUUCUUCCCUGUAGCAUAACUUCUCGGUUGUUGUUCCAACACCUGGAACACCACAUACAUACAGACGGGAGGGUGUAGCCAAGCACUCAUCCUCAUCGGCUUGCUGCAUUUGAAGGUUCGGCGGGCCUUUGCAUAGGUUCCUAGCUUGAAGCCAGACCCCAGAUUACCUAGAGGCCCUCAUCGACAAUGCUCGUCGUGGCCUUCACCCGUCUCUCAACCUUCACCCCUCUUCCAGUAAGGAAACACCUGUUCACCCGUCAAAAUUUGCAAUUGGACAGCCUCAAAAAAGCUUGUGCUGCUGGGUUGACAGCAAGUCAUGGGUCCGGAAGCACCAGUGAUGAUUGUGAAGUCGGAGCAACGCCCUCAGCUACCGCAGACCACCAGAAAACUUCACCGACAAGGAGAGGACAAAGACGGGGAGAGGCUGGAACAUCAGUCUCCUGUCCACACACUGGAGAAUUUGAGGCCUGUGAUCCACACGACUUCCUCCACCCCCACCAAAGGGUCUAGUAAUGCGCGAGCCACAAGUCAAGAGGUCUUCAAAAGGGAGGAUGCAAAGAUUGGGAAACCGAGCGCACUUGAUCGAUAUUAUUCCUCCUCACAUUCUUUCCCGGAUUAUGGCUGCCUAAGAGAGACAGACGAAAAUAUGCAAUCGUUUGGUCGCUUGAUUAAAGGCAUCCAGGCCUUCCGACCCAUAAAUACGCUCCAUUCCUCGGCAACACCAGCCGACCAGCAGCGAGAAGCUCUCCCAACAGCCUCACGAAUCUCGCCGGAGCGCCCUUCAUCUAAGCGACAAAGGACCGACCAUAUUGGCAAUUUCACCGAAUCCCGCCUGGUGCCCCCUGAUGAUACUUGGGAUGCCUCGCAAGACUCGAUGUCAAGAGGAGCGCCUGGAAGCCACAGUGCCGCGUCGGCCUACGAGGAAACGGUGUUUGGGAAGGAGGUUCCUGAAUACCGUAUAGUCAACGCCUAUACCAACAACUCUAAGCCUGGCCGACGUCGGCGCCGGGGUAAGGAUAGAGGAUCCGGAACAAGGGAACCCAGGCUUGUGUCUCUCAGGGAUGUCAACGACGAUGACCCAAUUGUGGAUGCCAGCGAAGACUCUAAUUCAGACCGGAGGCUCCCUCGGGGUGCUUCUACCAAGGGCCGACCCCUGGAACGUGGUCAGGCAAGGUAUCAGCCCUUUAGAGACCCUGCUGAUGCUGGAAUCGUUGGCUCAUCUAGGCGAGCCCCAACGCAGCCCCAAGGCACCAAGCGAAGAAACAUGGACGACUUGGACGAGCUCUCAGAGGACGUCAGCCACGAUAUGACAAGGACAACCAAACAAUCAAACCCCAACAGCAGCCCUAAACACCCACCCUCAUCGGCAAGUAUCGCACAUCGGGCCGACCUGAUGCCCUCGCGUUUUGCGCCGCCCGUUUCAAGUCCCGCCAAUGAGGGCUUGCCAGUCAAAGGAGCCCUUUGCCAACCUGGUCGCAUAUUUUCCUCUUCCCAUGGCACUCCGGAGGGUUAUGAAGCCAAUGAACCUUGUGUCUUGAAGGUCUCUGGACAACCACCCCUAGGACUUUUUGCUUUCAGCCAUGAUGGCACCAAAUCCUCAGCGUUCAGUUGGCUGAAAGUCGACCUCUCGAAAUUCCAGAGAGUCCACUAUAGCCAUGGAUGUCCCAUCGUCAAGAUAGCGCAGUCCUCCUCCCCAGAGAAAGCCAUUGGGGCCACGAUGUUUUUGGAGUUUUUCUCCUGGGACGACGCUGAUCAACUAGUGAAAUGGAUUCGUGCUCACACUCCUCCCAACUCUAGUCGUGUUGAGUCCCUUGAAAUCAUGAACAAGUCUUUCGCCAAGGCUGCCGAGGACAUAGGAAGAUAUCUGAAAUCUAACCCGAGCUCCCGGUCAACGCAAUCUGGUGAUGAAAUCAAGCUUCUGGAGAAGAGGGAAGCCGACCGCCAGUCUCGGUCGGCCCAUCCGCCCGCUUCUGCGGCCAAACUAGACCAGCGACCAAUUACCACAAGACGCAUGGCGCGCGAGGUGCCGAGUUCUUCUACGCCCCCAACAGCCACUCGCAUCCGCGCGGAGGAAGCCAGUGAUGAUCUGCCUUCAGAGCGGCGAUCACUUAGGCUUUCGCGGACACACGAUGCCUCGGUCCGCCCGUCCCCAGUCCUUUGGCGAUGGACUGAGCAGAAUCCCUCCUGGGCUGAGACGUGGCGAAUGCCUCUGGUGUAUCGUCGAACCACGGUCGAUCAAAAUGAUAUUCCAAGGCUAGACGAAGGCCAGUGUCUGAACGACAACAUCAUCGGCUUCUACCUACAGUACCUCCUCUCGGACUUGGAGUCGUCGCGGCCCGAGGUCGCGAGGCGACUGUACUUUCACAACACCUUUUUCUACGAUAAAUUGAAACCCACCAGGGGAAGGGGCAUUAAUUAUGAAGGCGUCAGGACUUGGACGGCCAAGGUGGAUCUCUUCUCGUAUGACUACAUCGUCGUCCCUGUCAACGAGCACUACCACUGGUGGGUUGCAAUCAUUUGCAACCCUGGAAAGAUGGAUCCGACCGUCGCACGCACAUCUGAUCCUCACGAGGACGAAAACGAAACCGCUGUCGAAGUGGUGGCUGAUGACGCCGGCAACGAGCAAGCCACGCCGAGAACCAGAGAGAGACACGUGAUAGAUGUCGAUGGCCGCCAACCGGUCGAAGAUGGGGAGCGCGAGGCUCGUUUGGACGACCAAGAUCGCAUGUCCGUAGACACCAUAGCGGAAUCCGACAAGGCGGCCACUGGAGCCAACAAAGGCAGAGCGGUGGAAGCGGUCAACUUGGACCAGGGUGACAUUCAGGUACCUAACAAGACAUCGCCACACAAAGGCAAAAAGUCUGGGAAGAAGGUUUCAGGCCCUGGCCCACGGAAAUAUAACCCGGAAGACCCUCGAAUAAUCACCCUCGAUUCUCUCGGGACCAGUCAUUCGCCAGCUUGCACUCACCUAAAGCAGUACCUCAUUGCUGAAUUCAAGGACAAGAAGGGCAGGGACAUUGACUAUUCCCAGCCGAUCGGAAUGAAGGCAACCAACAUCCCAGAGCAGAACAACUUCUGCGAUUGCGGGGUGUAUCUACUAGGGUACAUUCAGGAAUUUCUCAAGGAUCCCGACACGUUUGUCCAAACCAUCUUGCGUAGAGAGCAGAAGGAAUGGGUAUUCGAUGCCUCGGAGACCAGAAAUGACCUGAGGAAGCUCGUAUUCGACCUGCACGACCAGUAUCAGAACGAACAAGAGCGGCUAAGACAUCGAAAAGCUAAGGCUAAGCGUACGAGGCAAGCCAGCUCGCCCAGCGUCCCGGUCAAUGGCACAGAGCCAGGACCACAACGAGCCAUGGAGGGGCAUAGUCGGCCUGUCAGCAGUCAGCCGGACUCUAGCGCUGUGUCGCCGCCCUCUGUAACGUCUCCAGAUUCGGAUUCAGAGGAUGUCCAAGCCAGGCUAGGGCGUUCAGACACGCGCGAGAGUUCUCGGCCUCGUGCAACCGACGAUCGUUCGUCCGGCUCGACAGCACCCAGGGCCGUAGCAUUUGCCGUACCUAAAGUCGACCAUGGCUCCCGAGGGACGCAAGGGUCAUUGGCAUCGCGGCCGGAGUCACGCAGCUCUUCGACUUCGCCUGAACCCCUGCCAUCAGUCGAGGUGGUUGACAGCAUCGAGACAGUGGCUCCUCAAGCGCGCCGUCCAGCAUUGAACCCCGCACCAAAGCCUUAUGCUCGACAGCCUGUGUCGAUAGAGAAGUCCGAUGAUGGCGUCGAGUUUCUAAGACCUAUAACUUCCUCUUCCCCGGCUGCGGCCAGUCGAGUGCGAGACAGGUCACGGCACACGAGCAUGGCUAAUUCCUCCAGUCGGCCCCAAGGCCGCAGUGGUGGUGAGUCUGGAGCGAGGGGAAGCAGCAGUGAUUUAUAUGAGGUACCGAGCUCGCCGAGCCAACUGGACGAGGGACAUGGGAGGUUCCAGAGAAGACAGAGCCACUCACAUCAGAGCUCCUACUUCUCUUCCCCCGGGGCUGUUGCUGGGAGAGGGUCCCGAUCACUUCCCCAUAGAGAUCAUGCUAUUGAUCUGACGGACGAUUAGCCGCUCGCUGGGGAGGAUGUGGCAGGUUAAAACUCGCUACUGCUACUACUAACUACUACAGAGAAUAUGGCUUGUCUCUGGUAGAAGUUCGUACAUGCAUGGCAUAUCGCUCUUGCUCAGUUCAUGGUUAGUUAGCGUCGUUGCGAAUAGGGCCUGCGAAUCUGUGCAGCCAAGCCGGUCAUACUAUACCUAAUUAGCGCAAUCAAAAUGGGAGGCCGUUAUCAAGAUGUACAUGAACGCGUGGCACGAAAUGAAUAAGGGGGAAGCGAGUAAUAACCGUGGGGCUCUUAUGCGUGAUAACUCGGCAUGGAGCGUUGGCAAUCAUUUUGAGCAAAUUUGAAUUCGACAUGGGCCAACAAGGCAAUGUCAAGUGUAACUAACCCC